GACUGUAGGGCCAGUGAAGGCGACCACGAGCUCCCGUACGGAUCGGCUCUUCAUCUAUAUGUGUCUUCCUUCGGGCUGGCUGCCCCGCAAGCUACGCAGUGAAUUCGAAGUCGGUGGCGAGUCGAUCCCGACUAGCCACCAUAUCUGCGUUCCUGACAUCGAUAAGCCAUACUGGUCGACCUGCCCGAGGGCCCGAGCUCGCCAACGCCACCAUCCACGGUCAUCCUCAUGACGCCAUUCACUUGCUCUGGUCUGGUAGCGCGGUGGAUUGCCUUGGCUGGGGCGUCUGCCAUCAGCGACGCGCCCGUCCAUCAUUCCUGUGGCUGUCGCGGUCGACUCGGUACUUGCAUUGAAUGCGUCUUCAAGUUCAACCGUCCAAUGCUGUACGCUCUUGGGGCAAGUGGCCUACUAGGUGUAUGCGGCGUCUCCGGUCAUAACAUCACAGGCACGAACAACGUGCCCAUACUUCAAGUACGAUACACUCGAGACACGGAUGGUCACCUCAGCCAAUAUACGAUGCUUCUCCUGAAAAGGGAGACUGCCUUGUAUCCGAAACGGGCAGUUCUUGUUCAUGCUGCGACUUCGACGAAUCUCACCUCGCGAUUGUUGUCUAUUGUUCAACUGGAGCUACUAGCGCUGUACUUGCACCCAGGAGGAAAGACUCAGAUGGCCGGCCUGCUGCCGUCCGUGAAACCGGAUGGUUCAUCAACCACUCGGAUAAACUGCUAGUACAGGAAGCAAACGGAACCUCGUCGAUGCGGCCACGAUAUCAACGUGCCUACGAAGCGCAGAAGUCUGUCCUAUCGAACUAGUAGACGUGCUCGCACUCCAUUCUUCAUUCUCAUACUGAGGCUUAGAGAGUAGACACACUUCUACAUUGUUCGCUCAGACCAACCCGGCUGGACGGUGGAACGCACAAUGAGUAUACUAGUCAAAUCGCCAUGCUCAC